AAGCUCAUCAAACCCAUGCACACAUCCCUUCCCAGAUCACACCGACAACAACAAUAACAAUAACGAUACGAUAGACUCCUCGACUCAACUUCAAUCCACACCGCCAUACAUCAUCACUAGCCAGUGACAUUGAGUAUUAGUAGCAGAAGAUGGGACGAAAGAAGCGCAAGGUUUCCAUCAAAAGCGAUGGCGAUGGGGAUGCCGUAGAUGGCGCUCCCGCCACGGAGAAAACGGUGGCCGUCAAGGUGGAGGAUGAAGCAGCCCAAGGGGAAGAAGAAAAGAAACCAGCCGCGUCCAACUACGCCAUGCAAUCGCACUCUGGAGAAAUCGUUGAAGAAGAUAUGUAUGUUUCCGAUGGAUCCGAAGAUGAGGAUGAUUUUGCAGAUGUUGUGUUGAGUGGAUCUAAAGUUGGUCUCAUGAGGCGUGGCCUACAUCAACCGCUAGUACAGCCAAACCUGCGUCAAUGGGUGCGUGCGGAUAAAAAGGAUACCGACAAUCCAGAUGGGACAGCUGAUCCACAGCAAGAUUCCACAGGCGAUGUCGCUGCCAUGGAUCCUGCGGAACGGGCCGCUCAACUGCUGGCGGAAAAACAGCGAAAAUUGGAAGAGGCAAAAGAAUCUGCACGACGACUUGAAAGUGAAGAAAAUGCAGGAAGAGACCCGUGCCUCUUUUCCAAACGAACGGCAUUUGAUAUCCGAUUUGAUCAGAUCGACGACAAACCAUGGGAACGAGUGGGGUCAGACCUCACCGAUUUCUUCAAUUAUGCCUUGACCAUUGACGACUGGCUUGAAUAUGCACAACAACAAUUAACCAUCCGUCAGGAGCUCACGGACGCCAGCAGGCAAAAAAGACCAGUCGACCCCACCGUUGUUCCCGUGACAGCCAGAAAGCCGAAAUCCCAGACUCCCAAGGUAGCAGUUGUAUCUUUAGGUGGCGUGGAGAAGGAAUCCGAGGGACAGAACGAUAUGGAUGCGGACAAUGACGGUGAUGGACUCGUCAUUGGACCAGAAUUCGUCAAGAAGGAGGAAACAACCGCAGAGGAAGAGACUCAAACCCAAUCCGAGGAACAGGCGUACCGCGACACGAAAGCUGGAAAAGGCGGUGUUUGGGGGGGCAGUGCAGAACAGGAUCCCGUACUGGCUCGUUUGAUCGAAGAACAAGAACAGAAGGAACAGGGCGGCACUGUUGGUGCAGACGCUCCACGAAGCAUGGGCGGCGACGAUCACCACCACAUCACUAGAGAUGACCAUUACAUUCCUCCACCGCCAGCCUAUGGCAGCAUGGUCGAUGAGAGGGUCGACACUCGGGGCCCACCGGGCAUCGAUCACCACAUGCAUCCUCCACGGGAUCAGUCCCAUUCCGAUUGGCGAGGACCGCCCAGAAACCAGUUUCACGGGCAGGACAUCAAUGAAGGAGGAGGUCGGGGUGGUUACGGUGGUUUUGGACGUGGCGGCCGCGGUCGAGGUGGCUUUGGAGGUCGAGGAUUCAUGGGCCGUGGAGGUAGACCGCCAAGGUCACCUCACGGGCGUUGGGGAGGAAGAGGUGGAAGGGGUGAUUUCAGGAGAGGUGGUGGCUAUGGUGGGAGUGGCUACUAAAACAUGGCUGCUGCAUGGUCACGGUGGCUGAGAUCUGCAAAAGGCAACGGUACAAUGUGUUUCUGUGCAGCAACCUAUGUAACAUACACUGCAUGGCUGACUUAUUAUUCAAAUAUUGUAAAGAUAGGCGCACAGGCAAGACUAAGACAGAGCUUUUAGAAGUUUGUACCUGGUCCUGGUGGUCAUUUCAUUGUUCUGGUCGGGCCGUUUCCAGAGGAGAGGGAUACUUCCAGGUACCUACAUAUUUAAUUAAAUAUUCGUCCACAGCCACAUCGUGCGUGCACAUCAUCGCUCACAGCUAAGACAAACUCACUAUCAGGAGUACGGGUACCUACACUGUAUACGAACCUCCUCACAAGUGAGUGUCAUUACACAAUAGAAUAGUUUAAUCGGCUCCCACGGCCGUUUCGCCGCAAAAGGAAAGUGGCGGCCCUUAGUAAAGCGCAGUAUCCACCAUCCCACUGCAUCCUACCGUACGACUGUAGUACCUCAAACAGAAAACCAU